AUGUACGAAGUUGGCCAUAACGUCUGUGUUACCCAGCCCAGAGUAACAGCAGCCGUGUCCCUGGCUUGUAGGGUAACUGAAGAGAGGGGAAGUACCCUAGGGGAAAUAGUGGGGUACGCGGCUGGUAUGAUAUCUAUACGAGCACCAAAUACUCCUAUUGUGUUUAUGACGGAAGGUGUCCUAUUACGAGAGAUGUUUGCUUCGCCCCUCUUGAUGCAAUAUUCUUGUAUUGUUCUUGAUGAGGUACACGAGAGAUCUCAAAUGACGGAUGUAUUAAUGGGUCUGUUGAAGAAAAUAGCAAGGAAACGUAAAAAUCUGAAACUAAUUAUUUCUUCUGCGACGAUGGAUGCUGAUUUUCUUAAGGAUUACUUUAAUUUAAACAAGGAUAAGACGAAUAGUACGUCUGUUGUCAUGUCGAUGCAGGGACGAACACAUCCCAUAGAUAUAUUCUUUGUUCAAGAACCAGUUCCUGAUUAUGUUAAAGCCACAGUAGAUUCUGUCAUUAAAAUACAUGAGAACGAACCUUUUGGUGAUAUAUUGGCGUUUUUAACGUCUCAGGAGGAGAUAUUAACAGCAUUAGAAAGUUUACAGAGUUACGCGCAAACAAACAAUCAGACUAACAAGAGCCAUUUUCCUAGUGGUAUUUCUCGUAGUACGAUGAUAGUACUACCUAUGUACGGUAGUCUGCCGUACUACAAACAAAUAAAAGUUUUCCAAAUAGAUAGGAAUGUUAGGAAAGUAGUUUUAGCGACAAAUAUAGCCGAAACUAGCGUCACUAUACCGGGAAUAGUUUAUGUAAUAGACAGCGGGUUCCACAAGUUGCCUCAGUACGACAUAUCUUUAGGUGUGGAGGUUUUGUGUGUGUGUGUCGUGUCUAAACAUAAUGCGACCCAACGGGCGGGGCGAGCGGGCAGAACUAGUGCGGGGAAAUGUUAUAGAUUGUACACCGAGGCCGAGUUCGAUAAACUUCCUGAGAGCGUCCCUCCUGAGAUGUGUAGGAGUGACCUUACGUCCGUACUGCUGAGAUUGAAGGCUCUCGGGAUUGAUAACCUAUUGAAGUUUACAUUUCCAACCCCCCCGCCGGCUAAAUCUCUUCUAUCUAGUAUAGAGAUAUUGUACGCGUUACAGGCGAUAGAUAAAGAAGGGGUUUUAACCCCUAUGGGGGUUAUUAUGAGUGAACUACCAUUGAACCCCAUGUGCGGCAGAAUGAUAUGUGCUAGCGCGGAGUAUGGUUGUGUGGAUGAGAUUCUGUCUAUAGUGUGUAUGUUACAAGUUGACGGAAUAUUCAUAAAGACGGGAGGGAGAAAUGCGGCAACCGCUAGGAUUAAUAAGAGGAAUAACUUUGAGGUAGCUGAAGGCGAUAUUAUAAUGUACUUGAACAUUUUGGAUGCGUACAGGAAAAUAAAAUCGAAAUAUGACGAGAAAAAGAUGAAAAGAGCAAGCAGAGACUGGUGCCAGAAGAUGUAUCUGAAUUAUAGAGUGCUUGAAAAGGCGCUCGACAUAAGGAAGAGUUUGGAAGUAUUAGUUAAAGAUAAGUUCCAACUGAAGAACAAACCGAUAGAUGGCGCUGAUGUUGGAUCAGUAAAAUGUAUAAAUAUCAUGAAAGCCGUAUUAUCCGGAUUGUUUUUAAACGCUAGCAGUCUCUCUGUUGAUUGUUACCGCGGCGUUAAAGGCGCCAAGUUGUACAUGAGUAGUGACAGCUGUUUGUACACACAACAACCUAAAUGGGUUGUGUUCGCUAGCGUUGAGAGCGGCCCGAACGGAAUUUAUAUGAGAGACUUGAUGACUGUACAAAGAGAGUGGCUUACUGAGGUUGCGACACAUUACUACACGGACACAUGA